CUGUGGGUAAAGCAUUGAAACAUUCAUUUCAAAUCACAUUUCACAGUAACUUAACUGUGAAGAUGUCUUCACCACUCAAUGUCCGCAAUUCUUAUGAUCCCAAUCACAUCAUAGAUAACACUCAAGACAUUAGAUCGUUGGACGAUGUGUUGCGAGAGAUCAACACAAGUGACAGUUUCGGUGAUAAAAGUGACAGCAAAACGAUGACCAAAACCAAAGACAAGAAGACAAAACUCAAACAAACCGGCCGUUCAAUGAAGACAUCGAUGACAAGCGACGGUGACAGUGGUGUUGAUAAUGGGGGCCAAAGAUACAGUCGAGUCUUUCAGGUGAUAUACGGCGUCCAUAAGCCCUAUCGGAAGCACAAACAGUUCACAUGCGAUGGCUUUCUGGCGGUGUCUGUCGAUGGCAAACACCACCACUUGUUUGACAUCAACGGCAACAGAGUGUCUGGUGGUAAGGGUCUGGCGAGUGUUGACCAGUAUAUGAUUGGAAACAAUUUGGUGGUCGGCUCUCAAGAGCUAGAAAUCAAUGACCAAAUAUGUGCCCAACUAUUUGAAAGCGGGCGCUUCUUUGAGACAAUUGACAACUAAUUCAUGAUUAGUAUCAUAAUUAACACUCAAAUGUUCAAUACAUUACUCAAUAGUCAUACUGUAGUGACUCAUUAGUCACUUAAUUGUAAAUUCAUUACCGGUUUUUGUAUUCAAUAAAAGCAAUUUUGAAAUUA